AUGAAUAAACCUCCCAUGUUCAUCUUCCUGCUCGACUGUAUUGGAUUGGGUCACCUCUGCUAUCGGCUUGCCUGCCUCAGACUUCUUGGUCUCCAGGGGCCGCCUGAAUCCCCAGGCGACAGUCCGUCUCCCGCCUCGAUCGACCGGCUGGUCGACCAUUUCACCGAGUUCCGGCCCGCCGAGUUACUGGAAUAUGCUCUUACGGCAUGGUUCAUACAGUUGAUGCUCACUAAAGCGAUAGACAUCCAGCUUCUUCCUGCCACCGGCAUCUCUUUUCUCGAGGGUCCCGGCGCGCAGACCCCCGGAGGCUCUGCCGAGCGUAAAGUCAUCCUCGGGCUGUGGACCUUUCGCAUGCUGCGUCGCCUCCAGUGCAACGCACAUGCUCUCACCGAGAUCCGCUUCGUCUCUCCUGCACAGCGCCUCGACCGAGCCUCCGCUCGUCGCGGCUCAGCUGGUCGGUCGAAGAAGUGUCGCUCGCGAACUUCCGGUUCAGCCUGUGUUGCGAAGCCUUUGGGCCCAAUUCUUCCGUCUCCCAUACGACGGCUGGGCGAGGUAAGGGUUGCCUCUGGCCUCUUCCCGUGUGCAGCUCUGCUCAAUCACUCUUGUCGACCCAGCGUGUCGAACGGGUUUCAGGUAAGCCCACUGCCUCAUGGGGCAUUUUGA